AUGGCUUCUACUACUACUUCUUCUCCUUCGGCCGCAUUGUCCGAUGAGAUCAAGCUAAAGUUUGUCCCGGUUAUUGAUGAGAUAUUGAGGGCGUCGGAUUUGGCGACAGUGUCGGUCAAGCAGGUCCGGAAUGCGCUGCAGGCAAGGCUGGGAUACGAUAUAACCCCGCAGAAGAAAGCCAUUGACAUCACAAUCGCCAAACGCUUCGACGCCGUCCUCCUCGCCGAGCAAGGAGCUCCCAGCCCCGCUCCCGCUCCCAGCCCCGCCCCCACCUCCUCAUCCGACGCUGCUCCCACACCCACCUCCUCCUCCGACGCGAUCGCGCACAGCGUCAAAGCCGAAGACGACGCCCCCGUCCGCCCGCCCAAGCCCAAGAAGCUCAAAACCUCCGUCGACGAGGACGCCCGGCUCGCCGCGGAGCUCCACGCGCAAUGGAACAGCGGGCGCCCCAGCCGCGCGACCAAGAAGGGCGCGGCGGGCGGCACGGCGGCCGCAAAGAAGAGGGGCAAGAAGAGUGAGGAGCUGGUACACUCGGACGGGGAGGAGGGGGGCGGCGAUGCCGCGGGAAAGACAAAGAAGAGGAAGAGAAAGGUCAACCCAAACAGCCCGUUCAAUAUGCCCAUGGUGCUGUCGGAGCCUCUGGCGGGCUUUUUGGGGGAGUCGCAGUUGUCGCGCCCCGAGACGGUUAAGAGGAUAUGGCAGUACGUGAGAGAGCGCGGAUUACAAGACCCCGACGACCGCCGCUACAUCCUCUGCGACGACUCGAUGAAGCCCAUAUUCGGCGACAAGAUCCACAUGUUCACGAUGAACAAAGUUCUAUCGCAAUACAUGUCCAAGCCCGGCGAAAAGUUCUAA